AUGGCCUUGCUCAACCCUACCUUUGUUUUUGGCGUCGUCGUCCUUACCUACCUGUCCUCGUUCGUCCUCUUCGCCCUCCUUCGCAUCGUGACCGGCAUCUCGAUCCAGCGCAUCGGCUACUUCUCCCUCCGACGCCUGGCCUACACCCCACGAGAUGGAUGCCGUGUCGAGAUCCGGGGCCUUGGCUUCUCGAUCCACCGUCCGACCUUUGCACAACCGACAUGGCUGAGUCUGGUGCUGAAUGAACUCGUCGUCACUCUCGAUAUCCGCGAGCUCGAAGCUCCCAAGCCUCCCGAAUCCGAGACGGCCGACUGUGGCGGACCCGACGAGGAGAAGCAAGGCAAGGAACAGGAAGGGGGGAGAGAGGAAGAGGCGGAAGAGGGGAAGGACAGGUCAACGCCGCUACCGAAAUCACGGCAUGCCGCACCGAGAGAGACGCCCGGACGGAGCCACACCUGGAAGACCCUCACAAAGAUAAAGGAACGCAUCAAGAGACUCCACCGUAAGGUCGAGUGGCUGCGCAUGGUCGACGUUGUCGCCACCAACUCAACCAUCAAUGUCGUCGAUGUCGGCCACAUCCAGGUCGGCGGUUUCACCAUGGCUGUCGAUACGAGGCGCAAGAUGGUCGACCGUGCCCGUUACCUCUUCCAGAGGCCCGACGCUAAGAAGCAGGAUCGCCAUGCUGAGUGGAUCAUCACCGGCCGCAGCAUCCUCUUCACCGCCGAGGGCAAGGAGUCCCUCGAAGUGCUCGAUCACGCCAUCCUUAGCAUUCAUGGCUACCUGUACGAGUCAAAGGAGGGUCUACGCGACGCCACCGUCUCUCUCAAGCUCGGGAGGGUGCACAUCCCCUACGAUGAUCUGCGGCUGUGCAUGGAGAAGCUCAAGGCCUGCCGCCAGGAUGCCAGGGCCGCGGCCCCUGCAGCCGCCGCCGCCGACGAAUCCGCAAAGCUGCUGCUCGGUGAUGUCAUGCAAGAAGUUGAUGAGCCGGGCAGCACGAGCGAUCACCUCAUGCAGACCGUGUCGGAUUCCAAGGAAUUCUUCAGCUCCACCCUACGAGGCAUCAAGGAGGUCCAGUUCGCCGCCAGCUUCAUCAGCUUCUCCAUGGCAGUCAGCUCGAUCAAGCCGGGCGCUCUCCCUCUACAGCUAAACGCUGCCAUGAAGGAGGUGGGUAUCGAUCUGCACCGCCUGGACCCCAAGUCCCCGGCCCAUCGCAUGUACUUCCCCUCCAAGGAUAUUGCCCACGAGGGCCUAGCCGCUGCCCUCUCUAUAUCUUUUGGGAUGGAUGACGGCCACGGAAAGCCCGAGAGGCUGCUCUACAUUCCCAUGGCCACCACGACCGUGCGCACCACCCUGCCUUCCAAGACGGUGGAGCUCGCUCAGGACGGCAGCAGCCUGGAGGAGAAGAACGCAAACAUCCUCUUCAAUAACUCGGUCAUCACGUCACCGUCCCUCGACCUCGACCCCCGCCACCUUCCCAUCCUCAUCGCCCUCCUCAAACCCAAGCCGAAGCCGCCCCGGCCGCACGAGGAGAAGCGCCGGUCCCUCAUACCUCGCCUCCUCCCCAAGGCGAGCAUCAAAGUCUCCAUGCAUGAACCCGUCAUGCGUAUAAAACUCACUCCCCUAAAGAGGACAAGCGGCUCCGACGACUUCGAUCUGAUCAUAUCCUCCAUCUCCUCCAUCUCCGUAGACCUCGAAUCCUCCCACUCGCCCGUGGAAGAAUCCUACUAUGCCCUCUCAGGCUCCAUGCGCAUGCAAUCCAGCCACCUCUACUAUCAGACCAACGAGAGGGAGAGGUUCAACCUCAUCACCACCGACUCGUUUGAUUCCAGGAUCCAACUGUCAGCCACCCCAGACCUCUCGGUUGACAUAACCGGCAACCUUCAGUCGUUCUCCAUCAGUAUGAUCCGUCCAGAGAUCACAGACGGUCUGCGGCAGAUCGUCAAGGAGCUACGCAUCGACGUGGAGCCCGAGAAGCGUGCUGUCUCGAGGACUAGCCAGGAACAAAGCUUCCUGCGCUCCUCGCCGCAGUGGCUGUCGCACUACCAUAUUGAGGCGACAGAUGUCAACAUUGAGGUGGCCGGUGUCGAUGAGGAUGUCUCUGACGAUACCAGAGGCGUGUCGCUGCAUCUGGAUACCUUGGCGGCCGAGUACACGGGCCACAAGGUGGAGUUGAUGCGGCGUCGCGUCCCGAGAACGAGGACGCACAGCCGGUCCAUCACGCAGUCCGACUCCGAGAUGUCGCCCCCUGCCAGCUCCCCGCGACCCAGGAAGAAGCCUCAGCACUAUGGCGAUGGACGCCGUCUCGUCAUCCAUUCCAGCGGCAUCGAGGCUCAGAUCAUCGAGAGUGUAGAGAAGCUCGAGGCGGAGCCCUUUCUUAACCUGCCCCGUCUCGAGCUUGCAUUCUCGGCAUUGAGCGAUAAUAACGGCCCGACGAUGCAUGUCCAAUCGAAUAUUCGAAGCAUAUUCGCUCACUACUCCCUAUACCGCCACUAUUCGGUCGGCGUGGCGGCCAUGAUUCUGCUCAGGGCAUUUAUGAAGACGGGUCAAGAUGCCCCGACGCCCAAGAAGCAGCAGAACGAUGUCGUCGUCGGGGACCCUCCGCCUGAAUCGCCCGGCCCCCUCGAGGGCGAGGAUUACUUCUCGUCCGUCACCCGCGAGAUGGUCACCGUCGAUGUCAAGGUACAGGUCGUGCAGGUCAAGGCCGAGUUCCCGGAUGACCCGGUCAUGAUGCUGCACGUCUUCGGCCUCGAGGCCGGCCAGAGUAGAUGGGCUAAGCCAUUCCUCACCUCCAAGCUGUUUCGCCUCUACGUCGAGCCGCCUCGCAUGUCGGGCGCCUGGGCGAGGAUGGUCAGCGUGAAGCAGGCCAGGGUUGAUAUCCGAAAGUCGAAGCGUAAGACGGCCUCUAGGGAGAUUGUCGAGGAGACCAUGGUGGACAUCUCCAGCGAGGCGGCACGCAUCGGCGUCCCCCACGAAGUGAUUGUCCACCGCAUCACCGACAACUUUGUCAACGCCGCCAAGGCCAUCGAGCAGCUCCAUCACCGCUUCAAGACGGGCACCAACGAGUACGUCCUCGAUAAGCAUCCGGAGGGCCCCAAGAAGGUCCCCAAGGUGUCGAUACGCACCCGCAAGAUGCUGUUCGAGCUCGAGGAUGGUGCCUUUGAGUGGAAGCUGGGUCUGAUCUACCGCACGGGCCGUAUCGAGCAGCAGCAGCGUCUUGCGAGGGAGGAGGCCUUCCGUGCCAAGAUCAAGAGGGUCCGAGAUGAGGAGGGCCGGCGGGGCAACCCCGCCGUCAAGGCCCGUUCGCGUUCUGCCUUCCAGCGAGGUCGUACCAGCAACAGCACCGCCUCCUGGUUCCGCAGCCGCAGCCUGGAUGUCGUCUCCCCCACUGACAGCAGCCUUGGGCCUGACUUUGUCAGGAUCCCGAGGUACAACCCUGACUCGGAGACGAUCGGCAUCAAUGGCGACGCCAAGGUCACGGAGCGGGCGGCACGCAGCCAGCUCGACCGGGUCAAUCAGCAGUCGUGGAAGAAGCGCAUCGACAAAGCGUACGAGAUGUCGCGCAACAGCGCCAAGGAGCUCCGGUCCUCAUUCUGGGGCGACGACACCUUCCCCGACGAGGAAGGGGAUGUCGAGAACAUCCUCGAGGUACCCAUGCGCCCGGCGCUCAUGUGCACCAUGAUAAGCGACCUCCGCUUCUCCAUCGACAAGCCCUCCUUCCCCAUGUCGGAGCUGCCCGACUUCCUCCACAAGGUGGGCAAGGGGAUGCCGCGAAGCAUGAAGUACGGUCUACUCGUGCCCAUGAGCGUGGCCAUCGAAAUGGGCGAGGCCCGCGUAUCGCUGCGAGACUACCCCCUGCCGCUCCUGCACAUCCCGGCGCUGCAGCCGGGCCAGUCGUCCAAGAUGCAGAGCGUCUCGCUCAAGACGGACUUUGUCAUUGCGGAAGAAUACCGCGGCGUGGAGUCGACACGGCGUGUUCAGGUCGAGGUGGUGCCGGCGAGGAGAGAUGCCCCGCCAUAUUCUAACGCGGGGAGAUUCGCUAUCGAGGUCCGCCGCACCGUCGGUCCCGUCAAGUCCUUCUCGGACGUGUACAUCGACAUCAAUACAGCACUGCCUACCCGGAUCACCUGGGGCCCCUGCUACCAGCCAGCGAUCCAGGAUAUGAUGAUGGCCAUCGAGUCCUUCACCAAGCCGCGUCUGGACCCGUCCGAGAGUGUCGGCUUCUGGGAUAAGCUCCGCCUCGUCUUCCACUCUCGCAUCCACGUGACGUGGAGAGGCGACGGUGACAUGCACCUGGGCCUCAGGGGCACGCACGAUCCGUACAACCUGACCAAGGACGGCGCUGGGUUCAUCAUGUGCUGGCGCAACAACGUCAGGUGGAACAUCAACGCCGAGGGCGACGCCAAGCGCUUCAUGACGGUCGACAGCGGCGAGUACGUGCUCGCCAUUCCCGACUACACGCACCAGGUGCGAAACGUCGCACGCCAGGAGGAAUGCGUGGGGACGCAUCUACCCGUUGAUGGCGCCGUAGCGGCUGCCGUGUUCAAGAAGGUGGUGAUGAAACUCUCGGGCAACGUCCAGUGGAUGUGUGGCCUGAGCUUCGAGCAAGCGAUUGAGGAUGGCCGCCGCAAUUUCGAGUUCAAGCCGCACUACGACGUGGUCAUCAAGAGUCCUCAGUACGCCAAAUCGGAGAACGGACUGCCCUAUGACGCCAUGCGCGGCUUCAGGAGCCGUCACCUCCAUCUGUCCAUUGCCGUACGCGCACCCGCGGACAGGGACUGGACGACGGACAGCGCAGAGCCCUCGACCAGCUACAACGCUGUUCACCUGACGCCUAGGUUCUUUACCCACUUCUUCGCCUGGUGGGCUCUGUUUGGGCAGCCCAUUUCCCUGCCGAUCCGCCAGGGCGCCCUGUUCCCAGGCCGUGAGAAGAGCAGUAAGAAGUUUGGACGCCACCUAGCGACGGUCAAGUACAGCCUCUUGCUUGCGCCCCUGUUCCUCAGCCACAUCUACAAACACAAGGAUGCCGAGGAGUACUCCGAGAGCGCCGUCUCGGCCACGGGUCUCAAGGUCCGCCUGGACAGCUUCAUGCUCGAUCUGCACCAGCGACGGGAGGAAUUCGACACGCUCGGAAGGGGCAAGAACACGCAGAGCCGAGCCUCGCGAAUUAAGAUCCACGCAGGACAGCUCAGCAUGGCGAACGCGGACCUGCGUGCCGUCUCGGCCAGUCUCAAGGGCACGACCACGGAGGCCAUGAAGCGCGGGUCCAUCUCGGCCCUCAUCGCCAACCAGGACGACAGGCCCGACCUGUCGCGGUUUACCAUUCCCGAUAACGACUACAGCUGGAUCGACAUGGAUGACUUCGUUGAGCUGGAUUGGAUCCUACCGACGGAGCCUCACCCGCACACGCAGAUCCUGCCCCUGGGCUUCGCGCCGCGUCUGACGUACUUUCGCCAGACGGACAUCGACGGCACCAUUGCUGGAGACCCGUCUCGUACCAGCCCCUUUGGCAAUGAGCCCACCCACUUCUGCAUCAUGAGCCAGGACGAGGACCCCAAGAAGGUGCAGGUGAAGCUUGUGGAGGAGCGCCUGGAACAGCUCCGCGAUCAGAUGCAGACGCAUACGCGCAACGUCGGCGAGGCCGAGCUCAGGGUCAUCAAGGGCGACGGCGCCGACGCGGAGUCGGUGGCCGAGUUUGAGGCUCUCAGACGUCACACCACCGUACUUGAAGAGAAGAAGGCCUUCCUCGAGGACAUGCUGCAGCAGAUCCAGUACAAGCCGUCGGCAGCCAGCAUAAAUCUCAAGGAAUACCUCGACCCGUCGUCAGCGGCAUCCGUUUCUCGUAGUUUCGGCAGAGGUGGCGGCGACUCGUCAUCGACAAUGGAUGGACAGCAGCAGAAGCAGCAGCAGCAGCAGCAGCAGCAGCAACAGGAGGAGCCGCUGGAUAUUCCGACCACGACAGAGUUUGAGAGCGAGUUCAAGAACCGGUUCAUCUUGCAUAACAUGCAGCUCAAGUGGAACAAUGUGCUCCGGAAUAUUGUCCUGCGGUAUAUCCACCAGAACAGCCAGCGGCGAGGUCUCAUCUACUACCUAUCGCGACCGGCCAUCAAGUUUAUCCUCGACCUGGUCGAGGAGCAGAACAGGGCUAAGAUGCACAAGCCCCCUGCUAGAGCGGCCACGGCGCCCGUUUCGGGACUGGACACCUCGCAGACCAGCUCCGCAUCGUCGGACAAGGACAGCAGCGGCCUAGAUAUAGAAGACCGCAUCAAGGACAUCCUGGGCGACGGCCGCAGAUUCCACAGCACCAGCUUCAGCACGACUCACGGCGACAGCGACGGGGCCGGCGGUAGCAGGGGUAUCGAGGACCUGGCGCACGGCAUCUCGGACGAGUUUAGCCCGCAGAGCAGCUACCACGUGCGUCUCAUCGCGCCGCAGAUCCAGCUGCAGAGCGAGAAGAACAAGAAGAAUGUAGUGCUGGUGACGGCGAAGGGCAUGGAGCUCAAGGUGGUGGAGGUGAUGGACAAGAAGCGCCUGUCCGAUACGGUGAGCGGCCUGGUGCAGCGUCGCUUCCUGGUCAACAUGGACAGCACGCAAUUCUUUGUGACCCACAACAAAUGGUUCAUGACCAACCUCGUGUCCAUGUACGCGGGUAGCCGGUACGGUGCGGUGGGGGGUUCUUCGUGGCCCCCCUGGGUGCCGAUGGAGGUCAUGUUCGACUUCCAGGCGGCGCCGUUUGGCUUCAAGCGCGUCGUCGAGAAGACGUCUGCCGUCCUGCGCUACGAUAAGUUCAACACGCUCCGUCUCAAGUACAAUGCCGAAGUCGGCACCGAGAACCAGGGCCCAGACGCGACCUCGCCGCUGUCGCCGACCAGCAACAGCGGCAACUUCGGCAACCUCGACAGCGCCGCUGCCGCCACCGCCUCCUCCGGUCCUACCGCGACCACGAACGAGAACCGCAUGGACAACCUGUGGGUCGAGUUCCCCCAGGUGCGGGCGCUGUGCAACUCGUCCCAGUACUACGCCAUGUACGUCAUCGUGCUGGAUCUGCUCAUGUACAGCGAGCCGCUGGAGAAGACGCGGACGGAGCGGCUGGAGAAGAUUAUGCUGGCGUCAGAUUUUUCCGACCUGAGCGGGGCGCCGGCGACGAUCCACCGGCUGCAGGAGCGCAUCAGGCAGAUGGGCGACAUCAAGACGCACUUCCAGGUCUACUCCAAGUACCUGGACAAGCGCGGGUGGGAGGACCGGCUGAGCCUGGAGCGCGACCUGGCGGCGGCCGAGGACGAGCUCUUCUUCGUCAUGAAGGCCAUAACGUCGUCGCAGCGGCGCUUCGACCUGUCGACCGACAGCAACGCCCUGCUCAAGUGGAACAUCCUGGUGCGCGACAUCGUCUGGCACUUGAUGCAGGACUCCAACGAGCCCCUGGUGGAGCUGCAGCUCAACGACCUCAUCUACGACCGCACCGACAAUUCGGACGGCUCGCACAUGAAUCUGAUCCGCGUCGGCAAGAUUCUUGGACUCAACCUCCUCCCGGACGCCUCGUACCCGGCGAUAAUCGCGCCGUACGAGGACUCGGAGAAGGCACCUCCCGCCACCCCCCUGAGUGGCACCGAUGGCGGCGGCUUCAACGCCGACGGCGGCAAGAAGGAUAUGAUCCGCGUCUACUGGUACAAGCUCGAGGCGAUUGCCGGCAUCACGGUUAUGGACCGCUUCGAGGUGGACCUGUUCCCCAUGAGGGUCCAGCUCGAGUACGUGGUCGGCAAGCGGCUGAUGCACUACAUCUUCCCGGGGCUGAAGGGCGACGACAAGAAGGACGAGCCGUCCACCCCUGCCAGCGAUGGACGGGGAGACGAGGACAACGAUUCGAACCUCGUGCUCAAGAUCACCGACGACGACGACGACUUCGGCAACGGCAACGGCCACAACGAUAAUGACGCGGAGUCGAUGACUAGCCUCUCAAGCCAUCUACGUCCCAUGACACCCUCGAGGGGAGGCUUCUCCAGCAACUUUACAACGCGGCCGGGAUCCCUGGAGCUGCGGCUGCAGCCGACGCUAACGUCGCACAACACGCGCCAGUCGCCCACGAGCAGCAGCAGAAAGUCGGCAGGCGGCAACGUCAACGACAGCCACUACGGCUUCCGACUGUUCCGGCAGGGAACAGGAGCAGCAGCGGGAUCCAGGGCCAUGGCUAAGAAGUCGUCGCUCGACUCGCUGCGGGCCCUGAGCCAGCAACAGUCCAGGGGCGGAGCGUUCGGACGGUCGUCGACGGGCCUGUCGUCCAGGGACAGCCGGGAGUCGCCCGGGGCGGAUGGCAAGAAGCGGUUCGGCCUGCGGAAUCGGAACCACGGCGGCGGCGGCGGCGGCGGCGAGACCGGCAGCAGCGCCGCGACAGCCAAGAGGCAGCAGGCGGCGGCGGCGGCGUCGGACGACCUGACCAAGAUGAUUGCACGGGCCAGCAACUACAUCACCUUUUCGUACGUCCGGAUGCAGUCGGUCGUCCUGUGUCUAAGCUACAAGGGACGUGAGCAGCGCAACUUUGCGGACGUGCAUGACUUUGUGUUCCGCAUGCCGGUGAUUGAGUGGCAGAACAAGGUGUGGUCCAACGUGGACCUGGCCAUGGCGUUCAAGAAGGCGGUGAUCCGAGCCCUCUUGUCGCACACGGGCGCCAUCAUCGGCAACAACGUGCCUCGUGGCCCGCCCACACCGUCGUUCCGAUACACCGGCGGCGGCGGCGGCGGCAGACGCCGGUCACAGCCGCAAUCUCCCCAGUCCCGGUCUCAGCAGAACACGCCCGGUCCCCUCCUGCCCCCCGCCCCCAUCGAGAGCAGACCGCAGACGAGCCACUCGAGUUUCAGCACUAGCCAGACCGGUACGAACGGUACGGUCAAGAGGAGCGGAGCGGCGGCGGGAUUGAGGGACAGGAUAUCUGCUUUCACGCAGCGGAUGAGUAAUCGUGAUACGAACGGUGCUCCUGCCAAUGCCAACGCCAGUGCCAGUGCCAGCGCCAGCGCUCCCGGCGGUGACGCUGACGCUGUCGAUGACGAUGAAGAGGACCUGGUGGAGGAGGAGGAGGCGGUGGAGGUGGAGGAGGAGGAGGAGGCUGAGGAGGUAGGAGAGCAGGAGGAUCAAGGGGAAGAUGGAGAUGGAGAGUCGGAUAUAGAUGUUGAUGAUUCGAGGUCGCCUUCCAGGAAGAGGUGGACUGCAGUGAGGGUCAAGAUGGGGUAA